ACGUUGGUUCAGUCGAUGCUUAGUUUUGCAAAGAAUAUCUAGACGUUGAACUAGGGGGGAGGCAUUCUGAGUACCGAAAUAAGUUCACAGAUUUGUUGACUGCUAAGCAACAAAGUCGUGUCAUCGUUUGAGUAACUCAAACAAGUAAAUUAAGUUUUAAUUAAGUAAGCAAAUAUAUUCGUCAGCUAGCAAGCUAACAGGGCUAGCUAAGUAGCCAGCUAAUUUGUGCAUCACACGCUAGCCGUCGCUAGCAGCAAGAAUUUGCAUUUUAAGAAAUUUGUUUUAGCGCCUCGGAGAAACUAGCCAGUGAGCUAGUUUAACAAAACAUAAUGGUAUGGGUCAAAGGGAUAUUGUAUCGUUCGAAACGUCCAUGAAAAGAAAAAACGGAAUUCACACUGCCUCAAUGUGUCGGCUGGAUGUGGACUCAGCGGUGAAGAAGGAAGUUGAUGAACCCGGCGGAGGAGAUGUCCUGUCCUCGCCAAGGUACAUGCUUGGCCGUGGGGUGAAGCGUAAGCUGAGUGACUGUGACGACCCUGCGCUGGGUUUGCCGUACCCCCAGCAGAGGCAGCUGGUGCUGGACCUGUGCCUGGACAAGCUUCAGAGCUGCCAACGGCGGGCCGAGCCCAGCCUACACCGCUCCGUACUGCUGGCCAACACCCUGCGGCAGAUCCAGCAAGAGAUGAGACAGGAAGGGGGGACCACCCUCCCGUCGGCUACACUGGCCCCCUCGCUUCCUCACGCUCCCACUCCGCGCCAUGUCCCCGACCUCCCGCCUGUGUCCUUAGACUGCCCUCCUCUCCUCUCCACCCUGGACUUUUCCGCUUCAGCCUCCGUCUCGCUGAACAAGGAGGAAGAGGAGUUGGGCCGGACGGAGAGCGAGACGCUCGGUCCCGCUCCCUCGGACGACGACUCCCGAUCAUCGGACUCGCUUUUCGGGUCGUUUGAAAUAACCAACUCAACCAGCUACCUGACGGACCUGGCGUUGGACGACAUCUUCGAGGACAUUGACACGUCCAUGUAUGAUGCCUCUGACAUCUCGGUGCUGGCCUUCCCCACCCUACGCGGGAGCUCAGCGCCCACGUCGGUGGGGGAAGAUGGACUGAAACCCCUCUCCAGCUGCACGUCCAACAGCUCCCUGCAGCUCUGUCUCACGGACCUUAACGAUCUGGACCACAUCAUGGAGAUCUUAGUACGGUCCUGAAUGCUUUGGACUAGGCAGUCCUGA